CGGCGAUGCUUGACGCUGCCUCCUCAAAAUCCGCGUCCGAUGAUCGCCUCAGAUCAGUCAGAUCGUCUUGCGUGAAAGCGCCACGAGUGAAGCGAGCAGAAGCGAGUGGCGAGAAGUGAAUUAAACAUGAGUGACGAACGGAUACGAUUAGGAUACGAACGGAUACGGAAGGUUCAUUAACUGCAGAAGCAGUCGACGAAGUAAUGACUCCGUCAACAUCGAAGGAAGGUUCAUUAACUGUAGAAGCAGUCGACGAAGUAAUGACUCUGUCGACAUCGGAUGAAGUUUUGAUAAAUCUUGAAGAGACACCGACAUCAUCAAGUAUGGAAGCUAUGUCUUCAAAAAUACAUUGUCUGGAACUUCAAGUAGCCGAAAUGAAGAAGACAAUAGACAAAUAUGAGAAGGCGAGACCGAAAGAAAAAAAUAAACUCGUGGAAAGGAAAAUGUACGAGUUACUGGGAAAAAUGUUUAGUCCAGGACAAAUACGGAUGAUAUUGAAUCCUUCACUACAGAAGAUGAAAUGGUCUUCCCAAGAUAUCGCACACGCGAUAUCUUUAAAAUGUGUCAGCCCAAAGGCAUAUCGUUAUUUGAAAGAUGUUCUACAAAUACCACUUCCAGGCCUUUCAACACUAAGAAGAUGCUCCGCAUCUUCUCAAGUUGCUGAGGAAUCAUUUUCUCGACCAAGGGUUUAUUUGGAGAGGGAAAACAAUAGGGAAGGAAAUAUUACUUAAGUUGCUCUCUAUUAAUGCAAGAGAUUUAAAAAUUUGUCAUAAAAUUACUGUGUACCACUUAAAUGUAAAAGGUUCUGAGAGACAGAAAGUUCUUCCUGCUGCAUAAGUCUUAUCCAACACAACAGCUUCCGCGAUAGAAUGGUGCGGCCAUAAAAGUUACCUUCCGAAUUUACCAUGUCAGGAAACAUCGUACGUUAUUAGACUGUGUAAUGACUGGUUUGAUAUUUUUAACGCGAAAUCUAUGUAUGGUAAACAUAAGGGAAAAAAUGCGUAUGGCAUAAAUAUUAAAGAUCAGAAUGAAAUUUUAAACAACAUGACGGCUUUUAUUAACGAAAUUCGGAUUGGAAAUCACAAAACUUUGUUAUCUUUUCAAAAAGGCAUUUUAGUCAGUAACACUUCUUUACAACAACUAUUACCAUACUUACAAGAGCAUUACAACACUUCCGAUUUUUUUAUCACUUAUUUGAUAACGUACCGUCUCAAUCAAGAUGUAUUAGAAAAUUUUUUCUCAUGUAUACGUUUAAUGGGAUGUGCGUACGAUCAUCCAACACCUUUAGAUUUUAAGUACCGAUUAAAAAGAUACAUAUUAGGUAAACAUUCUAGGAAUGUACUGUCAAAUAAAUCUAACGUUCAAGAAAGCAAAUCGAAUGAAUCUGUUUUGGUAUCUCCCCUUAGCUGCGAUGUUGUUAAAGAAACUGUGUUAACGGAUAUGCUUGCGUCUUAUGUUUAAGAAGACGACAUUACUGAAACUUAUUAUGAAGAAGAAGAAGUGUGUAUUGACGAAACUCCACAUGAAAAAUCUGUUGUGUUAGAUCCGAUAUUAUUCCCAGUUAUGAUGAAGAACAGUUAUUACAGGCAAUAGAGAAUUUUAAUGUAAGCGAGGCUAUCGAAGAAGAGGGUUUGAAAUACAUAGUCGGAUACGUAUCGUUUAGGUUUAAGAAUAAAGACCAAACAUUAGGUAUUGAAACGCGCCAAUUAGAAACAACAAAUAAUCAAGACUGGUUACAAUUUAUUUCGAAAGGAAAAUGUAUAUAUCCGAGUGACAAAUUGUUACAAUGUGCACAUAUAGUAAAUAUUGAAUUUAAUAAAUAUCAUGGACCUAAUUUAAAUAAAGAA